UCCGCGUCGCGCGCGCUCUUGGCGCCGCAGAGUCCGUCCGGGCGCUGAAGGGCCGGGAGCUGGCGAGGGGCCUGGCUGCCUAGCUGCCUCCCUGCGAUGCCUCCGCCGGCCUGGAGGGCUUGGCUGCCUCGCCCCGGGCGGGAGCUGCUGGUCUACUGCCUCAUCUUCGGCGUCUCCUUCCCGCUGCUGGUGCUUCUGGUGGCGGUGUGAGAUGCGAGGCGAAAGGGGCGGCGAUGAGGAGAAGGGCCGCCGAGGUGGGCUCGGGGCUGAGCUGAGGCGCAACAGCUGGCGCGCGCUUCCCGCCCGGGAGAAGAAGGGUGUCCUCUCCGGCUCGCCGUCGGCCGGAAGGAAGUGAGGGCCCGCGGCGCGAGAUGGGAGAAGGCAUGUCCAAGAGGCUGAAGCUGCAGCUGGGCGGCGACGCGGAGAUGGAGGAGCGGGCCUUCAGCAACCCCUUCCCCGACUACCACGGAGGAGGAGGCGGGGGAGGAGGAGGCGCAGGGGCCGCCGCCAGCACCGCCCCGCCUUCCCCCACAGACUCCGAGGGCGAGGAGCGCCUCCCCUUCGAGGCCGACGGCAAGAUAAGCUCAUAUUUCAAUAGGAAGGUCACAACAAAAAUUAAAGACCUGGUGCAGCAAAUGGAAGAAGGAUUAAAGACAUCAGAUCCUCAUGAUUGCUCUACAUAUACUGGUUGGACCGGUAUAGCCCUCCUGUACCUUCAGCUGUACCGUGUGACAAUGGAGCCAAGUGACCUCCAGAGAUCCUUGGAUUAUGUGAAGCGAAUCCUUCGGAAUCUGAAUGGCAGACGGGUUACCUUCCUUUGUGGUGAUGCUGGACCUUUGGCUGUGGGAGCAGUGGUGUACCAUAAGUUGAAGAAUGACACUGAAUCCAAGGAGUGCAUAACAAAACUUUUGCAACUCCAGAGAAUAGUCCUUGCCACAGAUGCUGACCUUCCAGAUGAACUGCUUUAUGGAAGAGCUGGUUACCUGUAUGCCUUGCUGUAUUUGAAUACUGAAAUUGGUCCCGAGACAGUACCACAGUCUUUUAUCAAAGAGGUAGUGGAUUGCAUCAUUGAAUCAGGUAAAAAUCUUUCCAGAGAAGAACGAAAGACUGAACGGUGCCCACUUUUGUACCAGUGGCACAAGAAGCAGUAUGUUGGUGCAGCCCAUGGCAUGGCUGGGAUCUACUAUAUGCUUAUGCAGCCAGCAUCCAACGUGGAUCAGGAGACUUUGACAGAACUGGUGAAACCAAGCAUUGAUUAUGUGCGUCAUAAAAAAUUCCGAUCUGGGAAUUAUCCAUCGUCCUUAAGCAAUGAAACUGACAGGCUGGUGCAUUGGUGUCAUGGUGCCCCAGGAGUCAUCCAUAUGCUCAUGCAAGCAUAUAAAGUGUUCAAAGAAGAGAAGUAUCUGAAGGAUGCCAUGGAAUGCAGUGAUGUCAUUUGGCAGAGAGGACUGUUGAGGAAAGGUUACGGUAUUUGUCACGGGACUGCGGGAAAUGGUUACUCCUUCUUAUCCCUCUACCAUCUCACUCAGGAUAAAAAGUACCUCUACCGAGCUUGCAAGUUUGCAGAGUGGUGUCUAGACUAUGGUGCGCAUGGAUGUCGUAUUCCUGAUCGACCCUACUCGCUCUUUGAAGGUAUGGCAGGAGCAAUCCACUUCCUCUCUGACAUACUGGCCCCAGAGAAAUCCCGCUUCCCAGCCUUUGAGCUCGGUCCUCAAAGGAAAGAAAACCAAGGGAAGGACGACAGCAAAGUGGAAACUUAACGUGAUGCCAAAAGGAACAAGACUGCUUAGUGCCUAAAGUACACUGAACCAACACUGGAGUCUGAACAAAGAGUGAAAACUUUCACACUUCUCCAAUGGACCAUUUUUGUGACAUGUGCAUGAAUGAGAGAGCUCAACACCUCAUUGUUUCAUUUCAGGAGAUGCCUUUUGCUUUGGCACAGAGCAGUCUUAACCUUCAUUAGGCUCUCCUUUUUCCGUUUUCACAGUUCUAUUCAGAUUUUUCGAGUGUUUGCAUGUUUCUUGGUGUUUGUAAAAGUAUGGUUUUCCCCCGUUGUUUGUUGUAAAGCUGAAAAUUGUUCUGUGAUAUCCAGUCUUGUUGUUUUUCUGUGCAUGACUGUAAUGACAACACACUUCUCUUUCUGCAGCUGAAUAUAUGACCUCACAACAGGGCUGUGCUGUCUGUGGGCAGCAAUGAAGGAGGGAAUCAAGUCCAGGCAAAUGCGCAAAUGGGUUGCUAUCUUCCAGACUCACACUUCCAAAAUCACUGAACACAGUUGCACUACACAACUUCAUCAGCAAGAUCCAGUCAUGCUUAAAACACUUUCAAAGCCCAUUGAUUCCCAUGCAAAAAGUCAUGCAUGGGCUGAGAUCUCCUGCAAUACAGAUAAGUAGGACUUAAAUGUGUCAAUAUUUUUAAAUAAGUGCUAAACUCCUUUGUUAAAGGUACAUGAGACUGGAUUGUGUCCUUAGGCACCAAAAACCUGCUUCAGAAUGAAUACUCUUGCUUUCAAAUUACUACAUUUCAAAAUACGAAUUACUACAUUUCAAAAUACUAAAGAGUAUACUGUGUUCAGUAUACUCUUUAGAAAAGAAGAAUGCAAGUGCUUACUGAAAAGCAAGAGUCUUUGAAUGCAGAGAGGAGGAGGGGCACAACAUGUACAUCUAAAUUAUCCAAUGCCUCUGUGUUACAGUUUAUUGUAACUGACUGUAAUUUCACCAGUGUUACAGUGGAAGCUUGCUGCCAUGUAAGUGAUAGCAUAUUCAGUUCAGCUGCAAAUGCCUAGUACAUAGUAUGCCCUCAAAGUAUUUUGCAGUCUCUAUUGCUCCCUAGUUAUUGCUACUGCUGAAACCAUACCACUAAAAUUGACUGUGUUGAGGCAGAGGACAUCAAAAACAUGUCAUUCAAAACAGUGUUAGGAAAAAAAACCCAUCUUUUGAGGCACUCUGUCCUGGCAGCUCUUUAUGGUGUAGCUAUACCACAAUAAUCCAUGCUGAAUGUCAACAGCAGUAGUUGACUGGAAAUUGGGCACCAGCCUUGACAGCAUGGAGUCCCUGUGGGUGAGUUUCAUUGUGCUCCCCAACCUCUUGGAGUUGCCCAUCUCUGAGCUAAAUUGAGACCUUUUUGAUGGGACCAAUGUAGCCUCCUCUGGUGACUAAUGAAGUUCUUGUUCCUCCCUGUUGGUUGAAAUGAACUCUCCCAGACGUGUUUUUUCAUCCUCUGAAAUGUCCUUUGACAGACAGUUGCAUUGAGAGCAUGUCACAAUCAUGCCCAAGAUUCUCAACAAAAAGGAUGUUUCUCUUUUUUCCAUUUAAUUCUUCCAUAUCUAAAAGAAAUUGAGCAAGAUUUGCCUCAUAGGGUGCAUCUUUUGAAAGGAGUGUAAGUUUUUACAAAAGCGACACACUCAUUCUCAGUUAAGGGUCGAAUCCUGGAUUUCAAGUGGAGAUGUUUCAAGGUAGUCGUAUCACAUUGUUCUGCUUCUGUGGUUGGCGACAGCAUUGUUUUUGACUAUGUAAAAAUGAGAGAGAGUGAAUACGAACCUUUUGUAAGGGGAUGAUGAAUGGCGGGAUCUGUUACCACAGCGUUUUCCUGUUCCAGUUGUUUUCAGUAAAUAAAUCAAUUAUUCAAAA